GGGAGAAGAAAGGGGAGAGGAGGAAAACGGGGAAAGCCAGAUACAACAGAAACGGGGGGAGGACGGCGGAUGAUUUACGCUUUAAAAGUUUCCUUACAACACAUUUCAGAGUUGCGGCGAAGAGGAAUAAAACAAGAUGAUAACGCCCUACUUCCUAGAGAAUUUCUGGGGUGACAAAAACAAUGGCUUUGACGUGCUCUACCAUAACAUGAAGCAUGGCCAGAUAUCCUCCAAGGAGCUGACAGACUUCAUCAGAGAACGGAGUACUAUUGAAGAGGCCUAUGCCAGGUCUAUGACCAAACUUGCCAAGUCAGCUGGCAACUUCUCUCAGCUUGGGACUUUCGCUCCGGUGUGGGAUGUGUUCAAGACCUCAACAGAGAAGCUUGCCAGCUGUCACAUGGAGCUGGUGAGGAAACUACAGGAACUUAUAAAAGAGGUUCAGAAGUACGUGGACGAGCAGGCCAAAGCACACAAAAAGACAAAAGAAGAGGUGGCAUCCACCCUGGACGCUGUGCAGAACAUCCAGACCACCUCUCAGGCUCUGCAGAAGUCCAAGGAGAUCUACAAUGCCAAAACUGUGGAGCAGGAGCGCCUCCGCAAAGAGGGGGCCACCCAGAGAGAUGUGGACAAGGCUGGAGUGAAAGCCAAAAAAGCCACGGAGACCUACAAGUCGUAUGUGGAGAAAUAUGCCGCAGCCAAGUCGGAGUUUGAACAGAAGAUGACAGAAACUGCACAGAAAUUCCAAGACAUCGAAGAAAAGCACAUUCUCCACAUGAAGGAGAUCAUUCAGUCAUACUCGCAGUCCAUCGACGAAACACACAUUCAAAUAGGAGAGGUCCACAAUGAAUUUGUGAGGAACAUUGAGAACACCUCAGUGGAGAGUUUGAUACACAAACUGGCCGAGAGCAAAGGAACGGGCAAGGAGAGACCAGGACUCAUUGAGUUUGAGGAGUGCAAUGCAGCGAUCGCUACUGAAGGUGCCAAACCAAGAAAGAGAAAACCUUUCGGCAUCCCCGGCCGCAGGAAAGACAAGGACACAGACUCCACGGAGUCGACAGAAGUGGAAGCUGCUAACACUGCCAAUGGGGCUCCCCCUGGAUACUACGGGGCCAUAGACAUCCAGAAUGCUAACGUUCCGCAGGUUGAUGCCGAGGGCUUCUGCAUCCGACCGGAAGCAAAUGAAAACGAUGCCAAAGAGAAUUCCUUCUAUUCGUCCAGCGACACGGAGGAUGACGAUGAACCCAGGAAGUUCCACGUAGAGAUCAAGCCCGUUCAGCCAAACAACGGCCCGCCCCAGAGCCGAGCCACCAUCGACGAGCUCAAAGCCUCGAUUGGAAACAUCAUCCUGUCACCCUCGACCUCGGGACAGAUGCGGAGGAACCAGUCCAGUGAUGAGCUGGCAAAAACCAGAGUGCCAACGCCUUAUGAGCUGACGAACAACGACCUUCUGUCUCUGGACCCGUUCGGCCCGACUCUCGCAGCAGGCUCCUCUUCCUCUGUGUCCUCAUCGACAGACCUUGCCUCUAUCUUCCUUUCAAUCCCUCCAUCUCCAUCUUUUGCGAUGAAUGACUCAGAGGUCUUUCCGCCCGAGGCAUCAGCUGAGGCGGUGACACAGCGGGAGCGCUCUCCUCCGCUGGCCGAGAGCCAGCAAGCCAAAGAUGUCUCCUCUUACUCCUCGUCCACAUCCUCUCCCUGGGACUCGCCAGAAAACCCUUUCCAAGCACUCAAGCCCGUACCGGCGAGGGCCCAAAGCGCCCCCAUCACCCUGCCGACCGAGCCAAUCGACCCCAUCCAAAGCCCUCCAAAGAGCGUCGACGCCUUCUCCUCCGUCACCUGGUCCCAGAGCCAGUGGAUCGACUUCAGUGAUCAUUUUGCUCCGGCUCGCCGUCAGGGCUCAGGGUUGUCUGUGAUGGAGCUCCAGAGGCCUCAGGCCGCCACCGGCAGGUCGAGUCGCUGCCUCUCUGACGACUCUGCUGACGCUUACUGCAAAGCAGCGGGCAGCGGAGAAGAGUCCUGGGUCUCUGAGGUCUUCCCAGGAGUCACAGAUAGGGCGAUGGCAGCCGCUCCAUCAAGUAAAAUAUUCAAUGUGCCAGUACCAAAUAGACCGACGACCCCGCUUACAGCUGGAGCCCUCGUGCCCCCCCCACGACCCUCUUCCAGGCCCAAACUACCCACCGGAAAGCUCACAGGGAUCAAUGAGAUCGUACGGCCGUUCAGCCCACCCAAGACCUCGAACGCCAGCCCUCCUCCAGCUGCACCACUCGCCCGGGCAGAGAGCUCUUCCUCCUUGUCCUCGAACGCCUCGCUCAGUGCCGGCAACACCCCCACUGUUGGAGCCCUCCACACCUUUGCUCUCCCCCUCUCCUCCCCAGAGCCAGAGCUGCUCUUCCUCUCUCCUUUCUUUCCUCUAAGCCAAAAGGAUGAUGUGUUCAUAGCCAAGCUGCCUACCUUUGAGAAGCGGUGUGAAACACCAGCAGGGACGUCUCGCGGUCCCAGCCCUGUGACCCUGGCGUCCCAAGAUGCUUUGCCCAUUGCAGUGGCCUUCACAGAAUCGGUUAAUGCUUACUUCAAAGGAGCUGAUCCCUCUAAGUGCAUUGUGAAGAUCACAGGAGACAUGACUUUGUCGUUCCCCAUGGGCAUCAUCAAGGUGUUCACCACCAACCCCUCCCCGGCCGUGCUCACCUUCAAACUGAAGAACACCAGCACGUUGGAGCAGAUCCUCCCCAACCAGCAGCUUCUAUACAGUGAUCCUUCCCAAAGUGACUCAAACUCCAAGGACUUCUGGUUCAACAUGCAAGCGCUGACGUCCUACCUCAGGAAAGCCUCCGAUCAGAAUCCUACAGCGUCCUAUUAUAAUGUGGACAUCCUGAAAUACCAGGUGCAGUCUGAUGGGAUCCAUUCAACCCCCCUCAACCUGGCCGUGUACUGGAAGUGCACACCGAGCACAUCAGACCUGCGGGUAGACUACCGAUACAACCCAGAGUCCAUGGCCUCCCCUGGUCUGCUCUCCAACGUACAGAUCUUAGUGCCAGUUGACGGAGGAGUCACCAACAUGCAGUCUCUGCCCAACUCCAUCUGGAAUUCAGAGCAGAAUAAGUGUCUGUGGAAGCUGAGUGACAUCUCAGAAAAGUCUGAAAAUGAAGGCGCCGGGUCUCUGAGGGCCAAGUUUGAUCUGUCCGAUGGUCCAUCGAGCUCCUCCACGCUGGCAGUGCAGUUCAUGAGUGAGGGGAGCACCCUGUCAGGGGUGGACAUGGAGCUGCUGGGGCCUGGAUACAGACUUUCACUCAACAAAAAGAGAUUUGCCACAGGACGUUAUAUGGCAGAUUGCUGAGGCGACGCUCUGCUUCUCAAGAAAUUAAAUCCUAAAGGCUUCCUGAACCUCUGGAUCCAUCUGAGCUUUUGCCCGGGAGGCGAGAAUCUCACUACAAUAAAACGGCACUGAGUAUUGAACACUGUUUAAAAAAAAAAAAAAAAAAGAAUAAAAGAAGACGAGUUUUCAGGAAAUGUGUAGAUAUGAAAUCUAAUAAUGCUUUCGUAUCAAUUCACUUUUGUAUAGUCCGAAACAAUUUAUGAAUUAGAUAUAAAUCUAUAUUGUAUUUGAAAUCAGAAAAGAAAAGUGCACUAACAAUCUUUCAAAUGCUCUUCUUCCUCUUAUAUUCAUUGUUCAAGAGCCUAUAAGGAAUAUAAAACAAAAGCGUGUCUGCGCGGAGGAGAAGAAUACUCCCCUCCCUCCCUCCCCCUCUCUCUCUCUCUCUCUCUCUCUCUGAACUGUAAAUAUUAACACUGAUUAUUCUGCUCGACCAGCUCUGACUCAAAUCUUCUGUUUACUGAUCUUCCUCUUUUCCUCCUCAUGAUUUUUCAUCACAUGCAAAGAAGGUUUAAUCUGUACUCACACACUUACAAUAAGGCACAAGCUUAAAAAUAACAUUGAAGUGCUUUCAAACAAAUGCAAAAAGAAAUCUGACCUCAGUGCCGCUUCUGCUGUGGAUCAACAGGCAACACCAGUGUGUCGACGUUUCCAGAUUUAAGCUACAUUUCUCUGGAUAAAAUGCAAGAAGUGCUUUGUUUUUUUGAAACAAUCACCCCUCAUGUGAUCAGUGUGGUCUUUUUAGAAUUGAACUUUUUUCCCUUGUAAAUUCCCCCCUUUCAGUCAUGCUUUGUAUUUAAAAAAAAAUACAUUUAAGCCCUUAAUGUUUAUACUUUAUAAAAAGAAAUUCAGCAAUCUUGACUGUAAAACAUUGCGUCAAAUGUUUAAAAAAAAAAGAAAGAAUCAAGGGACAUUACCCCAAUUAACUUGCAGCUUUUUCCUAUCACACUUGUGUGCCCUAUUAAUGGAGAAAUGUGCCUGAAUCUAAGUUUCCUCUCAUGUUUCUCUGUCUGCUACAGCACAGUGGAUGAGAAGAGCACCAACAAUGUGCCAGUUGUGUUUUUUAUUUUACACCUUUUUUUAUUUGGAUGUCGAAGGGAAAAUAUCUCCUCUUUUUACAACCCGACUGUCUUCCAGAAAAGUCAUUUUUGCCUUCUGUGAUUUGAGUUUGAUCAUCAAACUCUUUUAUACUUUUUAUCUUUUUCUACUCGACGCUCGUCAGUUGACCUUAACCCCCCCCCCCCCCCCCCCCUCGUACGCUCGCUGUGCAGAACACAAUGUAAGUGAGCAGUAGCACAAUAAGGCCAAGUUAAUGAUCCAAAUGCCUUAUCACAACUACCCGACACUGAGUAAUCCAGUGUCGUUGUGCCACAGUACUGCCAUUGCCCUGUGAUAGAUUACUGGCCUGUCCUGCCUCUCACCCAGUGCAUGCUGGGAUACGCCUCUUGCAACUCUAAACAGCACAAGCAGGUAUAGAAAAAUGGAUGGAUUGGUGCUUCAUUCCUGUCUUUUACUAAUGAAGGUUGCUGCUGUAGAGGCUGUUGUGCUUCUUGAUGGAGUAUUUUUUAUGUUUUUCAUUGACCUCGACCAUGUGAUGGUUCUUUAAUCGGUCGAUGUGCUGGUAUGUGACGUGUCUGGAGAUGUAGGUAGUUGCCUGGAAGCUGUGAUUGAAACUUUUUUAGUGCAGGAGUUCCUUACACUGUGCACAAUGUGGCCAUGUGACCUCUCAGAAAAGAUUUUAGGAAAUAACUUUUUACACCAGGCUUAUUUUUUACUGUCUGCUGUGCUAUAGAAAUGGCUCGAUGUAGUUUUUAACUACCUGUUCUGCUGGUGAUUUAAACUCAUAUCCCAUACUUGAUUCAUCCAAUGUCUCACUUGAUCAUUUAUCCGAUUUCAUUCAUCAUAUCAUCGCCAGUUUUUAAUGUUUUGUAUGAUUCUGGUUUAAGACUCAAGCCUUUGAUAAUAAACAAGAGAAUUAAAUGGUUUUAAAUCCAUUUAAGUUGUAUCUGUUGAACUUAAACUUUGUAUGUCACUCUGAACUUUAACCAGCCAAAUGUUUGAAGGUGUUUGAAAUGAACGAGUUUACGUAAAAAUCCUAAAAUUGUAGCACCGGACAUUUGUACAGUGAAAAAUCAACAUGUAGCUCUGAGUUUUCUCUUUAUUAAUUAUAUCAGUGCUUUUGGUCAGAUACACAGAUUCUGUAAUUGUUCUCAGUAUUAGCAAGCUGGUUCUUGCUCUCCCUACAAAACGUACAAGAUAAGCUGAAGAGGCUCCUUCUUUUCGAUCCUUUCACACCCUUUUCCUUCUUUAUAUGUUGUAUCGAACAGAGUUUAAAGAGAGCAAUAUUGUGUAAAUGAUUCUCAUAAAUUGUACAUUUUUACCAAUAUCUCAGCCACUUUGUGUCUCUGCUUUAUGAUUUCUCAUUGUGCCUGUAUUAAAUGUGUAAUAUAUGAAUAUAUACAAAUAUAUUAAAAUGACUAAGUGUG